AUGGGGCUUUUGAGCACGGUUUUCGUUAAGUCCUGUGUAGAGUUCUGGGGGAGGCAAUGGAAUAUACAAGACAUAACCAUAGUGGUUCUGUUUUUGGCUUUGCAUUGCCUUUGUUUAUUUGCACCCUUUCAUUUCAACUGGCGUGCAUUUUGGGUGGCUAUGGCUCUCUCUCUUUUGACUGGUUUAGGAGUGACUCUCUCUUACCACAGAAAUCUUGCCCACAGGAGUUUCACUCUUCCAAAAUGGCUCGAGUACUCCUUUGCCUACUGUGGGGUUUUGUCACUUCAGGGUAGUCCGAUUGAAUGGGUGAGUACACACCGGUACCACCAUCAGUUUACUGAUACAGGGAAAGACCCUCACAGCCCCAUCAAGGGUUUUUGGCACAGUCACACGGGUUGGAUCUUUGAUAGCAGUUAUCGAUUUGGACAAUAUGGAGGCCUAAAGAACGUUGAAGAUUUGAAGAAGCAGCUCUUCUAUAGGUUUCUUCGGCAUACUAACCUUCUACAUUCAGUUCUUCUUGGACGUUUACUAUAUGCUGCGGGUGGAUUUUCCUUCUUGGUUUGGGGAAUGGGGGUGAGGACCGUACUUGUUCUCCACAACACUUUUCUAGUUAAUUCAGUUGGCCACAUGUGGGGAAAGAAACCAUGGAACACCAGUGAUAUGUCUAGGAACAAUUGGUGGGUGGCACUGUUAGCGCUUGGAGAAGGGUGGCAUAAUAACCACCACGCUUUUGAAUACUCAGCUCGACAAGGGCUAGAAUGGUGGCAGUUUGAUUUUACUUGGUACAUAAUAAAAUUUCUUCAAGCUAUUGGAUUAGCAACAGAUGUGAAGGUCCCAACUGAAAUUCAAAAGCAACGAAAAGCUUCAAAGAGUAGAAUCCUAGCUACUCAAAAUUAGGCUUUGAAGAUUUACCCUACUAUGGAUAUGAUGGAUAAUUAUAGCUUCAAAUCCUAUAUGCAUUUGUAAUGGGGUCAAUAUUCAUGCAUGGUGUGGAUUCUGGGAUUAGUCUCGUAUUUUUAUGGCUUCUAAAAUAAUCACUUAUAAUCAUAUUGUGGAAAAAUCAGCUAUGAAAAGUGUUUAAUUCUGGCAUAUUGAAGUAAUUUUCUGUAUUAUGAAUAAAAUUGACCCCAUGUUGAAAGUGUGUUUAGUUACUUGUUUGGUAAAAAAGAAGUUACUUUCAUUUGCAUUUACA